AUGGUCGAUACUCAACGUGUACAGCCCGAUAUCCAAUAUCAUCCAGAUUACAACAAAUAUAAAGCACGUACCCAACGCCGACAGGAACAUGAAUCGCUGGCCACCAGCUUGCCCAAAGGGUUUCCGGCAGAACUGUCCUCACCCUUGGUGUGGCAUGGAAAGGACAUUGAAAAUAGCGACGACUGGAUCUAUUCGCUAAGUGAGGGUCAGUUGAAUGAGCUCGACUCAGCCCUGCGAGCUUUCAAAGCACUUAAACAGCCUCUCGGAUACAUCAACAACGAGACUUUUCCGCUGCCUACCCUGCGACCUAUCCUGCGUGCCUUAUCCAGAGACUUGCAUCUUGGCCGGGGCUUUUUUGUGCUCCGUGGACUGCGCGUAGAUAAAUACACUCGCGAGGAGAACCUGAUCAUCUAUGCGGGCGUAUCAUCGCACGUUGGCAAUAUCCGUGGACGUCAGGAAGACACGCGGUUCUCGAAUGGAACCUCUCUCGUUCUCUCGCACAUUAAAGACCUGUCCAAAACAGUCGACAGUGGCAAUAUCGGCGCACCAUCGAACACGGCAGAUAAGCAGGUAUUUCACACGGAUGCCGGCGAUAUCAUCUCACUUCUAUGCUUGAAUCCUGCCAUUAAAGGAGGGGAGAGCUAUAUUGCGAGCAGCUGGCACGUGUACAACAUUCUUGCGCGAACCAGACCGGACUUGAUCCAUACGCUGUCCCAGGAUUGGCCUGUCGAUGGGUUUGGCAAUGCACAGAAGCCUUAUACCAACCGACCGCUACUCUAUCACCAACCCCCCACGGCGUCCGCCCCCGAGCGGAUUCUGAUUCAAUAUGCACGACGUUAUUUCACCGGAUUUCUCUCGCAGCCUCGAUCCUCCGACAUCCCACCCAUCACCGAGGCGCAGGCGGAGGCGCUGGAUGCCCUGCAUUUUCUGGCAGAGGAGAAUCGAGCGUCCUUGGAUUUUCAAAAGGGCGACAUUCAGUACGUCAAUAAUUUGAGCAUCUUCCACGCCCGAAAUGGGUUCACAGAUGAAUCAGGAAACGAGCGACACUUGAUGAGACUGUGGCUUCGUGACACCGAGCACGCAUGGCAGACACCUGAGCCCCUUCGUGCUCGAUGGGACAAUGUAUACAAGGAUGUGGUUGCAGAUGAGCAGGUCUUCCCGCUUGAGCCAAGACUACGAAAGACUGUUGGAUCUUGA